CACUGUUAGUUCCGUUGACGUUGACACAUGUCCUGUGACGUGACGUUGGCAUGACGUGAUCCAAAAUUCCAGAAAAACGAUUUCACAACAAAAAUAUUGCCCGUUAUUAGUCAUUCAUGAUGUGAAAAACGUUAGAAAACGCAAAGUUCAAAAAUGCCAAUACAGGCCCCACAAUGGACGGAGUUUCUCUCCUGUCCCGUUUGUUGUAACGCGUUCGAUGACAAACUGCGUAGCCCCAUCAGUUUGGGGUGCGGGCACACCGUGUGCAGGGGCUGCCUGUCCAAUUUGCACCGGAAACAGUGUCCUUUCGAUCAAACGCUCAUCACUAUCGAUAUUGAAAACUUACCAGUGAACACUGCCUUACUGCAACUGGUGGGGCUCAAUGCCAAACCGGACAGUAUCGCAGACACUAACGUAAUACCCAGGGAAGCCCUUCCUGAUUAUAUUAAAUGUAAAACUCAUGUAGAAGAACUGGCACUUUAUUUGAAACCACAUCAGAGUGGCAGCGGGAGCAUUUUAUCCAGACCUAUGCAAAGGAAAUUAGUCACUUUAAUCAAUUGUCAGUUGGUGGAGGAUGAGGGAAGAACUAGGGCAAUGAGGGCCGCUCGCUCUUUAGGCGAACGCACUGUAACCGAAUUGAUUUUGCAACAUCAGAACCCACAGCAGUUAUCGGCUAAUUUAUGGGCCGCUGUGAGGGCCAGAGGAUGUCAGUUUUUAGGACCUGCCAUGCAAGAAGAAGUACUAAAACUAGUACUAUUGGCUCUGGAGGACGGUUCGGCCCUCUCCAGAAAAGUGUUGGUCAUGUUCGUGGUCCAGAGGCUAGAACCUCAUUUCCCCCAAGCCUCGAAAACUAGCAUAGGUCACGUUGUACAACUCCUUUAUAGGGCGUCUUGCUUCAAAGUCUCGAAACGAGAGGCCGACUCCUCGCUGAUGCAACUCAAAGAGGAAUUUCGCACUUACGACGCGUUACGCAGAGAACACGACGCGCAGAUCGUCCAAAUAGCGACGGAGGCCGGUCUUCGGAUCGCUCCCGACCAAUGGAGCGCCCUACUUUACGGAGAUACUGCGCACAAGUCCCAUAUGCAAUCGAUCAUCGAUAAAUUGCAGACUCCCCAGUCGUUUGCGCAGUCGGUGCAGGAGUUGGUGAUCGCGUUACAGCGCACAGGGGAUCCCGGCAAGUUGUCGGUCCUGCGGGAUCCCUUGGAAUUGUUGGCGGGGAUCGAUCCCAGUCCCGAGUCCAGCCCGCCCACUUGGAGGGAGUGCACGGAGUGUUUGGAGGCUGUGAAGCAAGUGGUCACAGGUUUGGUCGAGUUCAUUCAGCAGCACGGCAGCAGACGGGUGCAAGACAACUCGCACUCGCAACACGCCAAAUACAAAAUAAGCAUGUGCAGGGAUUUGACUUUGAGGGGCAGCUGCCCCCGCGGCACCAACUGCACCUUCGCCCACUCGAACGAGGAACUGGAAAAGUACCGAGCGAAAAAUCGGAAAAACUGCAACAGAAACAAUAAGCAGGAUCAGCACCGCAUCGAGUCCCCCGUGAUUAUCGAUAAAAUCGUGCCUGCCGCACCUCUACCUUCCGAAGAGUUCGUCCCGAUUCCCGUUAACAUCCCCUUCAAUCCCCCGUAUAAUCCUUCGUACGUACAAAAUCAGCAACAAUUCCCCACGCCACCUCCGGUAUUCCCUGGUUUCGCCUCUCAAGAAGUGAUGACUUCCAACGUUGUCUUAGCCAACGGGGCUCAGGUUUAUCCCGCCAUGCCCCCCCAACCGGAAUUUGGGCCUCUUCAGCAAGAAUCCGUAAGGAGAACCGGGUGGGAUCACAUGGUGAGUUGUCAGUGGCCCGCCAGCUCGCCCGAUUUAAGCACCGUUCGCUUUCAGAUCAUCAAACACCAAAACGUUUCGCCUCAGAAGCCUUCGAGGACUCAAACGAAAUCGUUGGCCGAGUUGCAUCAACUGAAACGGGAGGUGCUCACCCAACUGGAAAAGGUGGUGGGCAAAAGUGCCGCCACCGAAAUCUCCAAUACCGCGUGCACUUUGGCUCGUCAAGAGUCCCUACACGACCCGGACAGUCCCUCGUCCCCGUACAAUUUUCUGUCCGGACAAAUCACCUCGGGGCCGACUUUCGUACGGUCCGAUUCCAUAUUGGCCGCAGACGACGAUUACGUGCCGUACGAUUGUCCGGCCAUCAGUAAAUACGGCCCGAUAUCCAGGAUGCAAAAGAGCAUCCAGGAUCCGCAUAAUAACGGGGUACCGUCCGGGUUCAGGGACAACGGAAACGGAUUGGGCAGGAGACCUUUGGGCUCCGGAAGUCCCGUGACUUCGUGGUUUAUUAACAACAACUACCAUCAUCAUCAUCAGGGUCCCUCGGGACAUGCCAUAGUGGUGCCGUCAGGGGCGGCCGGGAUCGGUGACGGCUACGUCACUUACGCAGCCUCUCAUCCGAUGAUGUACCACUCGCGACUGCAAGAUCCCUCUGCGAAUCCCACGAAAGAUUUACUGGCAGAGUCGCAGAGGGUCCAGAUUCAGCUCCGGAAUCUGGAGAAGCAAUUGAAUAACUUGAAGUUGGCCUCGCAGGGGGUCACGUCCCUCAGCGAGAGCGAGAGGCUCACCAAGGAACUGCAGCUGAUCGAGCAAGGGAUCCAGGAGAAGCAGAAGGAGGCUUGUUUGAACAAAAUCGUCCACUCUUUAACGCAGGCGAACAGGAACGGGCAUUAUCAGCCGAAACCUGUAGAUGACGCUAGUUACGAGCAGGAUAUUGCUAACGAUAUUCGUGAGUUGGAGCGCAGGCUGCAGGAGGAGCUGGAGGAGUGGAGCGGCGAGGAUUCUCCCAAGUAAACCCCUUCCUCGGAGGGAGGAAGGUGGAGGAUAAAACUAUAUUUUUUGACCACUACUUAGAACCAGAAAACUCCUAUUUUUUACCAAAAAAAACUCAAGAAAAAAGAAAAAAAAACUACCAAAACAAUGUGAUGAAUAAUUUUUUCGUUUUUCUCUUUGAAUAAUUUUUUAGUUGAAUUUCGUUGACGUGAACGAAACCCGACGGUGAGAUCGGGUUACGAUAUUUUUUUAAAAAUGAAACUAGGUCGGUCGGCACGGUACUUUAUUCAUAAUAAGGGCGCCGGCCGCGCUGAUGCAGGGAUGAAGUUCAUAAUUUUCGUGAAUUCGGCAAUACGCGUUAUUCCAGUUUUAUGGGAACACAUAUUCUUUCUGGGGGGUAAUCCAGAGGGGGGACAAAGGCGAGGUUUUCAAUUUGUCAGCAGUGUAUUUAAUUUUAAUUUGCAAUACACUGCUCGCACAAAAUAACGUCAAGAUCUUUUAGGACAGCUGUAUAUUUUUUGCAAUUUACCAUAACACUAUGGAAAUUUUUUAAAAAUAGUGAGUCCUUGUUAGAUACUAUACAUUUCUCUUAAACACAUUUACCUGUGAGCAGUGUACUAAAUUUCUUAUUCUCUAUUUUGGGGAAUUUUUUUUUUUUUGCACAGGUAGUGUAUUUUUUUCGCCACAUUUAUUUAUUUCUUCGUUUUGUAAAUACACAUUUCUUUAAUCUUAAUUAAAUAGUUCAGGUGUGAAUUUUUAAACUUGCGAAUAAUGUUUUAUUCACGUCAGCAGUGUAGGGUCUACCAGUCUAGAAGUCUACCAGUGUAGGGCAGUGUAUAUAUGUCUGUAAGCAGUGUAGGAAAUUUUGUAUACCGCAGUGUAUUUUUUCGCCACGUCAUUUAUUAUAUUAUCUCCUUGUUUAAUUUGUCCUAACCGUUGAAGGAAAUACGAGUUAUGGUCUAUAGGUCAUUAUUUUCAUAUUUCAUGGUGUGAGCAGUGUAGAAAAAAAAUCAUACACUUCAAAAAAAUCAGAUAAUUUUUGAGCCCAAGAAUAAUGAUGUUUUCAUUACAUCAGCGUUUACCUUUUUUAGUGUACUGUAUAUAUUUUUUUGCACGUCAUUUAAUAUAUUUUUUUUUAAUCUGCACUAAUAGACUGAUGGUCUACGUGUAAUUUUUUAAAGCAGUGUAUACAAAAAUACAGACUGCUCACACGAAAACAGGUAGUUUUUGAGCCUGAGUGAAAUAAUGUUUUCGUUACGUCAGCAUCUACCUUUUUCGGGGUAGUGUAUCAUUUACCACUUCAUUUAAUAAUUCUUUUAAUUUGUCACUAUAUUUCAUAGUGUGAGCGGUGUACAAAAAAAAUUAUACACUGCUCACAGAAAAUCAGAUUGAAUCUUUGAUUAUUUAUUUUUUAAUUUGACUUAAGGUGUAUAUUAUUUAUUCUGCCCUAACACUUCAACGAAGUAAGACUGACGGCCUUUACGUGAUGAUUUUUGUUACUAGUGUACAUUUCAUUAUUUUAAAUUAUUAAAUAUUUCAAGAGGUGAGUAGUGUACAAAAAAAAAUAUUACACUGCUCACCUGAAAUCGGACAUUUUUUGAACUCGAAAAUAAUUUUCUCUUCACGUCAAGUCAUAUACCUUCUUUAGGACAGUGUAUAUAUCUUUUGCCAUCUUAUUCAUUAUUUAUUGCUUUCUUUUCACUUCAAGAAAAUAAGAACUAUGGACGGUAAUGCAUUAAACAGUUAACGUUUGAGCAGUGUACAGACAUUUGCAUACACUGCUCACACAAAAUCAGAUCGAAUCUUUGAUUAUUUAUAUUUUAAUUUACCAUAACACUGGAAAUUUUAAAAAAAUGGCUAGUAAGUCCUUGUUAGAUACUAUACAUUUCUCUUAAACACAUUUACCUGUGAGCAGUGUACUAAAUUUCGUAGUCUCUGUUUUGGGGAAUUCUUUUUUUUGCACAGGCAGUGUAUUUCUUUCGACAAUUCAUUUAUUAUUUCUGCGUUUUGUAAAUACAUAUUUCGUUAAUCUAAAUUAAAUAGUUCAGGUGUGAAUUUUUGAACUCGCUAAUAAUGUUGCAUUCACGUCAGCAUCUACCAGUGUAGGGCAGUGUAUAUACCUUUUGCUGCGUCAUUAAUUUACCUUUACAUUAAGGAAAUUAGAGCUUUGGAUAGUACGUGUUUUUGUUUGUUGAACAGUAGUAACGUUUGUCUGUAAGCAGUGUAGGAAAUUUUGUAUACGGCAGUGUAUUUUUUCGCCACGUCAUUUAUUAUAUUAUCUCCUUGUUUAAUUUGUCCUAACCGUUAAAGGAAAUACGAGUUAUGGUCUAUAGGUCAUUAUUUUUAUAUUUCAUGGUGUGAGCAGUGUACAAAAAAAAAUUAUAUACUUCUCACAAAAAAUCAGAUAAUUUUUGAGCACAGGAAUAAUGAUGUUUUCAUUACAUCAGCGUCUACCUUCUUUAGUGUACUGUAUAUAUUUUUUUGCACGUCAUUUAAUAUUUAUUUUUUUAAUCUGCACUAAUAGACUGAUGGUCUACGUGUCAUUUUUUAAACAUUUCAAAGUAUGAGCAGUGUAUAAAAAAUUACAGACUGCUCACACGAAAAAGGUAGUUUUUGAGCCUGACAAUAAUGUUUUCGUUACGUCAGCAUCUAUCUUUUUCAGGGCAGUGUAUCUUUUACCUCUUCAUUUAAUAAUUCUUUUAAUUUGUCACUAUAUUUCCUAGUGUGAGCGGUGUACAAAAAAAUUAUACACUGCUCACACAAAAUCAGAUUGAAUCUUUGAUUAUUUAUUUUUUAAUUUGACUUAAGGUGUAUAUUAUUUAUUCUGCCCUAACACUUCAACGAAGUAUGACUGACGGCCUUUACGUGAUGAUUUUUUUUACUACUGUACAUUUCAUUAUUUUAAAUUAAAUAUUUCAAGAUGUGAGUAGUGUACAAAAAAUACACUGCUCACCUGAAAUUUUUUGAACUCGAAAAUAAUUUUCUCUUCACGUCAGUCAUCUACCUUCUUUAGGACAGUGUAUCUUUUGCCACUUUAUUCAUUAUUUAUUCCUUUCUUUUCACUUCAAGAAAAUAAGAACUAUGGACGGCAAAUGCAUUAAACAGUUAACGUAUGAGCAGUGUACAGACAUUUGCAUACACUGCUCACACAAAAUCUGAUCGAAUAUUUCAUUAUUUAUUUUUAAAUGCUUGUAUUUUAUUUAUUUAUUUUUUAAUUUACCAUACCACUGGAAAUUAAAAAAAAAAUGACUAGUGAGUCCUUGUUAGAUACUAUACAUUUCUCUUAAACACAUUUACCUGUGAGCAGUGUACUAAAUUUCGUAUUCCCUGUUUUGGGGAAUUCUUUUUUUUUUGCACAGGCAGUGUAUUUUUUUCGCCACGUCAUUUAUUAUAUUAUCUCCUUGUUUAAUUUGUCCUAACCGUUAAAGGAAAUACGAGUUAUGGUCUAUAGGUCAUUAUUUUUAUAUUUCAUGGUGUGAGCAGUGUACAAAAAAAAUUAUAUACUUCUCACAAAAAAUCAGAUAAUUUUUGAGCACAGGAAUAAUGAUGUUUUCAUUACAUCAGCGUCUACCCUCUUUAGUCUACUGUAUAUAUUUUGUUGCACGUCAUUUAAUAUUUAUUUUUUUUUAAUCUGCACUAAUAGACUGAUGAUCUACGUGUAAUUUUUUAAAUAUUUCAAAUUAUGAGCAGUGUAUAAAAAAUUACAGACUGCUCACACGAAAACAGGUAGUUUUUGAGCCUGACUGAAAUAAUGUUUUCGUUACGUCAGCAUCUACCUUUUUCAGGGUAGUGUAUCUUUUACCACUUCAUUUAAUAAUUCUUUUAAUUUGUCGGCCUUUACGUGAUGAUUUUUGGUACUAGUGUACAUUUCAUUAUUUUAAAUUAUUAAAUAUUUCAAGAUGUGAGUAGUGUACAAAAAAUACACUGCUCACCUGAAAUUUUUUGAACUCGAAAAUAAUUUUCUCUUCACGUCAGUCAUCUACCUUCUUUAGGACAGUGUAUAUAUCUUUUGCCAUCUUAUUCAUUAUUUCUUCCUUUCUUUUCACUUAACUUCUUUCACUUUCACGGCAAAUGCAUUAAACAGUUAACGUAUGAGCAGUGUACAGACAUUUGCAUACACUGCUCACACAAAACAUUUAAUUUUUUUUUAAUUAAAAAUAAAAACCGCCCUCGCCCCCCUUAAACGAACCGACCCCCCUUAAACGGUUUUUCUUCAAAAAAAAAAAAACAAAAUCGAAAAUGUCGUCAUCUCUCUUAAAAGUAAUCAUGCUGUGUGUGAUCGGUAUAUAAUGUUAUAUAACGCUAUAUAUACAGGGUGGUCCCGUGCGAAAACCAUCCGACGAUUUUAUGGGGAGGCCACCCUGUAUAUUAUUUAUAAUAUUAUUAAUAAUAAUAAUAAUAACUAUGUUUUGUUUAUUUUUUCCUUUGCGGCAUUUGUUUUCAAAAUGUCGCCACGCUAGAACGAUUAAUUAGGAAAAGUGGUCUAUAUACAAUUAUAUAUUAUACAUAUAUAUAUUUAUUUAUAUAUUUA